UUCCUCUGUGCUAAAAGUUACUAGCUUUGUGUUAUUUCCGUACAAAGAGAUGCAUGUUUUCCAUCAGCACAAAAACACUACAGCCUUUGGUCUAACACUCAUCUCUUAACUCGGUGUGGUGUUGUGCUCCUGUGAAGGCUGCUCCUCCUCUGAAGGCUGUUGCUCCUCUGAAAUAGCUCCAUAAAGAUGGCGGAGGACGAGAAGAGCAGCGAGCCUGUGAAAGAGAAAAACGAGCUGCAAAUCAUGAAGGAGCUCGUGGAUGAGAUGUAUAACUACAGAGAUUGUUACUUUGAGACUCACAGUGUGGAGGAGGCUGGAAGGAAACAGCAGGAUGUCGCACAGGAGAUGGAAAAGACGCUGAAGAAGCUGGAGGAGAAAGAAGAGCGAUUUAAACACAAAGCAGAGUUCCUGCUGCAGAAGGGCAGGUGUCUGAACGUAGCUCCUGAUUUCAGCACCGUAGCAGAAGAGUGCCUUUCCCGGGCCGUGAAGCUGGAACCCGGCCUGGUCGAGGGCUGGAACACGCUGGGGGAGCAGUACUGGAAAAAAGGAGAUCUUACUGGUGCCAAGAACUGCUUCACUGGUGCCUUGCAACAGAGCAAGAACAAAGUUUCUCUGCGCAACCUGUCCAUGGUGCUGAGGCAGCUGCCGGCAGCGAACAGCGAUGCACACGGCAAGCAGGUGCUGGAGAGUGUGGACAUGGCCCGAAAUGCUGUCCAGCUUGACGUCACUGAUGGGACGUCCUGGUAUAUCCUGGGAAAUGCUUACGUGUCGCUGUUUUUCACCUGUGGACAGAAUCCACAGCUGUCUCAACAAGCUCUAAGUGCCUAUGCACAGUCUGAGAAGGUGGACAGAGCCGCGUCUUGUUACCCGGAGCUGCAUUUCAACCGGGCCACGCUGUUCCAGUACGAGGAGAUGUACGGUUCGGCGCUCGGCGGCUACAGCCGAGCGGCAGCACUCGACCCGGGCUGGGAGGAGCCUCCGGAGAGGGAGAGGCAGCUGCUGGAGUACCUGGGGAAAGUCACAGAACUCAUACAGAACAAGGGGAAGGUGAAGGCGCGUCGGUUACGGACGAUGCUCUCUAACCUCAACACGUCGGCUCUGGGUCCCUGCUCCUCCCCUCAGUUUCGUUCUCCGACGGGCCGCGUGGGCAGCCUGGAGCCCCGAACUCUGUCGUCCCUCACGCACGGCCACAACGCCGGGGUGGCCGCCCUGGGCAAGGUGGUGUUCAGUCUGGCCUCGGAGGGUCGCAUGGCUUUUACAUUCGGCAUGGUGGACAGCGAGGAGACAUGCAUAGUGGUGAUGGUGUACAACACGGCAGACAGCUGGGGCGUCCUCAUAGGAGACACUGUAGUCAUUCCUGAACCUCAGGUCAAACGACACAGUAUAACACAUAAAGAUAAGUCGUUUGACUUCAAAAGUAUUCGAGUGGACUCUCCUCUGCUCACUAUUGUGAACGGCAAAAGACAAAAUGCCCAAAGUCAAAUCGCUGCCUCUGUCAGCUACAAGCCUCAGAGCGAAUGAGCACGAAGCAAAGAGGACCAAGCUUGGAUGCUGGAUGUGGAAGAAGAGUAUGGAUAAUUUUUUGGGUGUAUGAAGAUUCCAAAGUUUGUGCCUGUUUCAUUUUGUUUUGUACAUACUGGUCUACAUGUUACAUUGUCUUUAGAGACACAGUUUGUUAAUAUUUAUAAAUAAUUCCUUCUUUUUUUAAAAAAAAUUCUGUUGUUGUGUGAGCGAAAUGAGUUAUUUUGUAAAUGAUGAACAAACCUGUGAUGACUUCAGUUUAGCCAGAGAAAAGAAAAAAAUCCUCUUAUACCUCAAAUGGUGCUGUGUCGAUUCUCAAAGUGAGGUUUGGAGGGAGAGAAAAAAAUGUUUAAAUUCAUAGUUUUGGUGUUUUAUUCAUUCAACAAUCAGCAAAAUGGACGAAAUGUUUAAGGACUAUUUCUAUCAAACGUCUCUUUUUUUUCCUUCACUGGUGCAAAAGACGUUGUCGGAUGUUUGUGGUCUCAAACAACUUGUUGUGCUGCGUAUUCAACACACUGUUUAAAAUUGUACAGUAUUUAUGAUUUCCUUUCAGUAAGUCUUAACGCAAUCAUUCCUGAUCACAUCCAGAGACAGGAAUGACUUUAUGGGCCUUUUUACACAGCAGACAUGUUGACACGUCAUAUUAGGAGAAGUGCAGGUGUUACUAAUGACAUUAACAAUGUCUCCUUAUAUUAAAGUAUCUGAAUGAAGAAAAGUAAAUUCUGCCAUCAUUAAUUUUUACUACUUACAUCUGCACUUUUCCUACUGUUGCAUGUUAAAAGGUCCUCUGUGAAAAAGGUUACCAGGUGUUACUGUUGUUUUUAAAACAAAACAAAUCUGUACAAAAGACACUUUCUGUUGCGGUUUGGGUUAACAAGCUUCUUUGGUUGUUUGCUGUGAAGUAGCAAAAUUCACAUUACACACAAUAUCCAAUCCACCCUUCACUGUUUCUCCUGCUAUCUGCAAUCAACAGCCCAGAUUGCUGCAAAUCUGUCAAUUUAAACUUGUUCUGCUGUUUACAAUGCUGCAAAUCAAAUUACAACCUAUAUUUAGUGAGUUCAGUAACAUGUACAGUAUUUACCAUGUAAGGAAAAUGUGAUUU